AUGGGCUAUUUUUAGGGGUUGACUGGUAGCAGAUAAGUGUUGAGCUCCGGCUGGGUAAGGGCUCAGAGUUGCUCUGAGUGUGGCAGAGGCAGCCAGGCGAGAGUGGAGGUUCGCGGACUCGGGCAGACAGACAGACAGACAGAGAUACAGUCAGCCAGGCAGAACGGCAGGAGGGUCCGAACUGCAAAUCUUUAUUUUCUUUUCCGUUUUCUCUCCAACUGCCCAGAGCUAGGACCUCUGGCUUCCGGACUGGUGUUUUGGGGAGCGCCGGGAGAGCCCCUUCUCCAGCCGCCCCCAGGAGGAGAACCCCGCUGCUUGGGCGCCGCUGACAGCCACGGAGAGCGGUGACUGCCCGCGCGUCCGCCGGGGCAAGUCGGCGAGCGGCUGCAGCAGCAGAGAACUUUCCUGACCGAGAGGACCGGGGACAAGUGCCCCGGGGUCCCGGAGCGAACUUCUGCAAACCUUUCCUGCGCCUUAGGCUGCCCCCGCGGCGGUAAAGACCAGAAGACCCCGGAGCGAGGCGCGAGAGAGGAGGGAGGUGUGCUCGGCUUCCCUCGCGCGGGUUGUUGAACUUGGGCGAGCGCGAGCCGCGGCUGCCAGGCGUCCCCCUCCCCCUCGCCGCGGAGGAGGGGACAGUUGUUGGGAGUGCGGGCGGCUGAGACCCGCCGCCGACCGGCUACUGCGGAAUCCGUGCUAACCCGCCGGCAGAACCGCUGUGCCGGGAAGCGAGUUCGGCCGCUGGCACCGAGGAACCGCUGGGACCGAAGAGUGCUCCGUGAGUGACCGCGACUUUUCAAAGCCGGGCUGCACGCGCGAGCCAACAAGUAAGAGUGCAGGCGGCAUCUUAACCCUACGCUCCCUGGAGCGAGCUGGUGAGGAGGGCGCCGGGGGGAAAGACAGCCAGCGGGUGCGCGAACUCUUAAGAGAAACUUUCCCCGCUGAAGGCCCCGGGAGGUGCGGGUGUUCCCCGCUUUGCCACAGCGCUGUUGCGGCCCCGAAACUUCUGCGCGCAGCCCAAACUAACCCCACGUGAAGUGACGAACUGUUCUAUGACUGCAAAGAUGGAAACGACCUUCUACGACGAUGCCCUGAACGCCUCGUUCCUCCAGUCCGAGAGCGGCGCCUAUGGCUACAGUAACCCCAAGAUCCUAAAACAGAGCAUGACCCUGAACUUGGCCGAUCCGGUGGGCAGCCUGAAGCCGCACCUCCGCGCCAAGAACUCGGACCUGCUCACCUCUCCCGACGUGGGGCUUCUCAAACUGGCGUCACCCGAGCUGGAGCGCCUGAUAAUCCAGUCCAGCAAUGGGCACAUCACCACCACGCCGACCCCCACCCAGUUCCUGUGCCCCAAGAACGUGACGGACGAGCAGGAGGGCUUUGCCGAGGGCUUCGUGCGCGCCCUGGCCGAACUGCAUAGCCAGAACACUCUGCCCAGCGUCACGUCUGCGGCGCAGCCGGUCAGCGGGGCGGGCAUGGUGGCUCCCGCGGUGGCCUCGGUGGCCGGAGGCAGCGGCAGUGGUGGCUUCAGCGCCAGCCUGCACAGCGAGCCGCCGGUCUACGCCAACCUCAGCAACUUCAACCCGGGCGCGCUGAGCAGCGGCGGCGGGGCGCCCUCCUACGGCGCGGCCGGACUGGCCUUUCCCGCGCAGCCCCAGCAGCAGCAGCAGGCGCCGCAGCCGCCGCACCACCUGCCCCAGCAGAUGCCUGUGCAGCACCCGCGGCUGCAGGCGCUGAAGGAGGAGCCGCAGACGGUGCCCGAGAUGCCCGGCGAGACGCCGCCCCUGUCCCCCAUCGACAUGGAGUCCCAGGAGCGGAUCAAGGCGGAGAGGAAGCGCAUGAGGAACCGCAUCGCUGCCUCCAAGUGCCGGAAAAGGAAGCUAGAGAGGAUCGCCCGGCUGGAGGAAAAAGUGAAAACCUUGAAAGCGCAGAACUCGGAGCUGGCGUCCACGGCCAACAUGCUUAGGGAACAGGUGGCACAGCUUAAACAGAAAGUCAUGAACCACGUUAACAGUGGGUGCCAACUCAUGCUAACGCAGCAGUUGCAAACGUUUUGAGGAGAGACUGUCGGGGGCUGAGGGGUAACGGAGAAAAAAAUGAGAGACAGACUUGAGAACUUGACAAGUUGCGACAGAGAGAAAAAAGGAGUGUCCGCGAGAACUAAAGCCAAGGGUAUCCAAGUUGGACUGGGUUGCGUCCUGACGGCGCCCCCAGUGUGCACGAGUGGGAAGGACUUGGCGCGCCCUCCUUUGGCGAGGAGCCAGGGAGCAGCCGCCUGCGGGCUGCCCCGCUUUGCGGAUGGGCUGUCCCCGCGCGAACAGAACGUUAGACUUUUCUUUAACAUUGACCAAGAACUGCAUGGACCUAACAUUCGAUCUCAUUCAGUAUUACAAGGGGGGAGGGGCGGGGGUUACAAACUGCAAUACUGUAGAUUGCUUCCGUAGUACUCCUUAAGGACACAAAGCCGGGGGGUGGGGUGGGCUGGGGCGGGGAGGCGGGAGGGAGGUUUGUGAAGAGUGAGGCUGAGCCUGCAGACGAACGCUUUCUGGCCUGCCUUCGUUAACUGUGUCUGUACAUAUAUAUAUUUUUUAAUUUGAUGAAAGCUGAUUACUGUCAAUAAACAGCUUCAUGCCUUUGUAAGUUAUUUCAUGUUCGUUUGUUUGGGCGUCCUGCCCAGUGUUGUUUGUAAAUAAGAGAUUUGGAGCACUCUGAGUUUACCAUUUGUAAUAAAAUAUAUAAUUUUUUUAUGUUUUGUUUCUGAAAAUUCCAGAAAGGAGAUAUUUAAGAAAAUACAAUAAAAUGUUGAAAAGUACCCCCCAACCUCUUUUCUGCAUCCUGUAUAGAUAAUCGAUAUCUAGGUGGAGCUGAAGAGUGCCAAUUAACAUCACUGUCAGUGCUUGUAACUUUCAAACAGGGAAAACUAUUCUUUAUUAAACUUCAGAAAAAAAGAUCCCUGAUGCUAUCAUCAGGUUACACUUUUCUCUCCCCCAAAUAUCCGUAUAGAAUUGCUUACCAAAGGGUAGUGUGGUGUUUCAGGAGGCUGGAGGAAGGGGGGCGGGGGUUGCAGUGGAGAGGGGCAGCCCAGGGGAAGUCCGGCAUCAAAAGUUUGGGAUGUAUCAAGUGGCAUGUGCUGUGAUCAUUUAUAAUGUUAGUAAAAAUUGAACAAUAGAUGCUUAUGCUCAAAGCAGGAACUGGUGGCAGAUUUUACAAAAGAUGUAUCCUUCCAAUUUGGAAUCUUCUCUUUAACAAUUCCUAGAUAAAAAAGAUGGCCUUUGCUUAUGAAUAUUUAUAACAGCAUUCUUGUCACAAUAAAUGUAUUCAAAUAC